CGCCAUCGCCCCUGGCUAUCUCCCCUCCGGCAACCUCCCUCGCCCCCGCCCCACCACUCCCCAGGCUCCCUUCCCCACCACCUCCCCCAUCGCUGCCUCCAUGGGCUCCAGUGACCACCAAAUCGAGGUCGUCGCGGCCUCCGCAUCCCCCGGCGGCGGCGCUCCCCCUCACCUCCACCCAACCACCCGGCCCCAGGACCGAUCCGACAAGCCAUCGUGAGCGCGCGGCGGGCUACUCCAGCCAUCUUGGACGUCAGCGCCGACGAACCAACCUCGUCUCUCUCUGCCGGACCCGCCCAAUUUCGACCAACAAACCUUCUUCAUCUGUCAUGGAUCCGUCGACCGCGACCUCCCCCGACGAUCGCAGCUGGGCCAUCGCAGCCACUGCCUACUGCCUCCCGUCAAUGCAACGGCUACCACGGGAUGACCGGCGCUCUGCCAAUCACUCCACCGUCGCCUCUUCUCCAGUGGACGCGGCUCCGGCGAGAGGCCGCCGAGAAGAACCUCUGGUCGCCCCACCGGUCGUGGCUGCAGCAUACAUGGGUAGUCGCCCUCUCCCCCUGCAUCUUCUCCCUGCUUCUGCUUCUCCCACUCAUGUCAUCUGACAAGAAACCACACUGUUGCGUGCAGACGGCUGACAGAAACUACAUGGAGGGAGGCUCGCAGAUCGUUGGUGCAGUGCACUCUGGUCCUGGAAGAAAACUGGUGAUGUGCGGCUUGAUGCAGCGUUGCAUUUUUUUCUGUUUAUCGUGUAGUUUGGAUAGCGAGCCUUCCUCCGUGCAGUCCGUUGGCACGUCCAUGCAGUACAGCGCGUGUGUGUAUGCAGCACAUUGCGCGUGGGUUGCCGGUGGCUGUUGUGAAGUUGAUUGUUUUUCCAUUUUCAGAAAAAUUGCAUGACGCUAUGUGGUCGUUAGUUUUAUAUUUAGUCAUGAAGUGCACUAGGAAAAAGUGGUGCAGUACUCAUCAAAUUAUUUUGUUUUUGCUCACCGACGACAAUGGUGCAGCACUUUA